AUGUCAGCGACAUCGCUCACCUCCACGUUACCUACCACGACCGAACAUGUCGGAAUUUUUGCAAGGCGUGUACAUGGUUGGAGUUGGCAAGCGUUUUCAGUAGGCAUGGGUACAGGAGCUGUCUAUGUAUCGCUCAUCGACAUACAUCUCCCAACUCUAUUGGUCACACAUAUCGCCACAGCCUUUCUCCUUCUCAGCAUUCUUAUCUUCCUCGUGAAUCUGGUCGCUCUAGCCCUACAAGCCGUCUUAUACCCGCCACGGUCCUUGAAACUUAUGACGGAUCCUAAAAAGGCUGUUCUCGUUCCCCUCAGUGUGCUAUCUUUGGAGACAAUCAUCAUCGGCAUAGUCAAGAACGCGGUGCCUGACAGUCAUAUCAGCAUGAACACAGCAUAUGCGCUGUUCUGGACUUAUGUAUUUUCAUCCGUUCUUGCAUGCUUCCCUAUGUUGAUGACAUGGUUUAAUAAUGGCCAUGAUGUGACCGAUUUCACUCCGGGUAAGCUGAUGCUUGUUGGCGUCGUUACUGCCAACGUCCUGGAUGAUAUACCUCCCACAGAGAAUCGUGCAAUAGGCGUUCUCCUCGUAGGAUACUUCUUCCAGGGCCUCGGAACUUUUAUUACUCUGCUGUUUCUUAGCAUCUACUUCGUCAGACUCGUUUCAACGGGUUUCAUGAAAGGACCAGACGCGAACGCCGCAUUCGUAGCCGUCGGUCCUCCAGGAUUCACAGCGCUUGCUCUCCUCGGUAUGGGGAUUCACGCACGAGACAUUCUUCCAGCACACCACUUGAUCUGUACCGAGGCCGGAGAUGUGUUCUACGCUGUGUCUGCGCUCGCCUCUUUGAUGCUGUUCGGAUUGGCCGUGUUCUUGUUCCUGUUCGGCGCAUUACCUUGGUGGUCAAAAUUGCGCACCUCGCCAAAUUCUGCAACACGCGAGAAUUCCAAGAGUCGUUCGCGGCUGCAGGGAGUACUCGGCUGUUGGUCUUUGACCUUUCCCAAUGUUGGAUGGAUUGCUACGGUUCGCGUCCUCGGUGACACGUUCUCCAUACCCGGGUUCUACACCCUCCACCUUAUACUCGUCGUCGCGAUGUGCCUCGUGUGGCUAACACUCUUCGUCCUCACUAUGACAGCCUUCUGGAAAGGCGAUAUUUUGCUCUCGGAAGAAAGUCUUGUCCUCCGCGACCGCAACCACUUCGCAGGAGAUGCUUGCCCUCAAGGCAACGGCACGGGUUCCGAUGGUGCAGAGAUGGAUAACAUCGCACAUCCAAACUUGAUGCAUGUGCCCACGCUCCAGGGCGACCUCGAGCAAGGUCCGAGUCCGAACGAUUGA